AUGAAUCUCCUGUUGCUGACCUUCAUUCUAUGUGGGUUACUAACUUCAGUGACCAAAGCUGGCUGGGGAGUCAAACAGUGCUGGAAGAAUAAUGUAGGACACUGCAGAAGACGAUGUUUACCUACUGAAAGGUACAAAAUUCUUUGUAUGAACAAGAAAAAUUGUUGCAUUCCCAUAAACUUCGAGGAAGUUACUGGAAAGCCACUACCUCCCCUACUCCCUACAGAUUUUCCCACCAAUGUUACUGGGGAUGUUUUUCCUGCUUCCCCUGGAACUGGGCCCAAUGAUGCGGUAACAUUAAACCCAGGUGAAGAUAGCUCAGAAAGGGUGACCAGAACUUCCAAGAAGAAAUCUACACCGGCUUUGGCACCUACUACUACUACUGCACCUACUACUGCUAAGAGAAAUGGUGGUACAACUAACUAACAUUUCCUCCUGGGUACGGGACAGUAGAGAUAACUAUUAGGAAUACUAUCCAGGAAGCCACUUCUACUUAUCUUAUUUCACUGGGGACAAUUCUGUUGGGGAUUGGAUGACAUGGAGACCGACAUAAUGCUACUGCCAAGACAAGAGCCAAGCAAGUUACCUUACAAUUAGAAAUGUGGAAAGAGAAGUAUAUAACAGGUAUUCUCUUUA